UCGCCGCUACACCGAAAUGGCCAUUCCUUUCAACGAACGCGCUGAACUUCGGUCCGGCUACAGCUCUCAGAAUAUCUCCUGUUUUUUCCGUCUAAUUGACCGGGACUCUGUGUGGGGCUAUGAACUUGGCCUCAAGUCCCUGAUCCCAACCGUCCUCACCAUUAGCAUCCUGGGCUACCAGUUCAUCUUGCCAGACAUGAUUGGAGGCAAUGCCUAUCCCAAUCGUACUGAUGGAAACGGCAAGCUACCAGACCGUGAGCUCUAUAUUCGGUGGCUGGAGCUGUCUGCUUUCAUGCCCUCCAUGCAGUUCUCCAUUCCGCCAUGGGAGUAUGAUGAUGAAGUGGUGGCUAUCGCUCAACGGUUCACCGAACUACAUGAGACACUGGUGGCUCCCAGGGUCAUAGAACUGGCUGGAGAAGUUCUGGACACUGGGGACCCCAUAAUUCGCCCAUUAUGGUGGAUCGCCACCAGUGAUGAAACGGCUUAUAGAGUUGACUCACAGUUUUUGAUAGGAGAUGACUUGAUGGUGGCACCAGUACUGGAGCCGGGCAAGCAAGAAAGGGAUAUCUAUUUACCAGCUGGACGCUGGAAAAGUUACAAAGGAGAACGAUUUGACAACAAAGAGCCAAUACACCUAACAGAUUAUCCAGUUGAUCUUGAUGAAAUUGCUUACUUUGAAUGGGUUCAGUAAGAUUUAUGGCAAGCAUCUGGAGUUUUGAGCAUGUCUUCCAUUUAAAGUGUUUGUGAAGGUGUUGAUUUUUUUCUUCUUCAGGGAAAUUAGCUAAAGUUAUUCAUCCAGGGUUAGGUUUUACAAUAUAAAACAGGACUGUUUAAGAACUAAGCUUCCGGUAGCACAUUCUGACAUUCUUCAUCAGUUUGGCUGUGAUGUUUUGUGCCAUUACGACAGUUAAACAUGCAUUAGAUAUCUGAAGCUAAUGUCUUAAUCCGUGCCUUGCAUUUAAACAGUGAAUGUCUUUGAGAUACCGGCCCAAAGCCUUGACACAAUUAAGCUUUUACAUAUGCAUCUUGCCAAACAUACUGACUUUGAGGAUGCUAAGGAUGUAUUAAUGGGCUGUGACAGGUAAUUUUGCACAAUGUAUGCUUUGUGUUCUCUAAUCUGCAUUUUAAACAAGGGAAAUUUUACCAGUACUGUACAUAAGUCUUCCUCUUGCAAGGCAUACAAUAUUCAUUACUUUUCAAAUGUUCUUCUCAACUUGUUCAAUUUUGCUAGUGCAUUUACAACAGUAUGGCUUUUUAACCUGCAAGCAAUGGCAAUGCUGCACUACAGUAAAGUUAGGCCAUGCAUGCAGCACAUUUGUGCAUAAUCUGCCCUACGCUUGUCUCGUAAGCACCAAUAAUUGAUAUAAUCACAUUAGAAGUUUGUAUGUGUAAUGGGUGCUUGUGGCUGCAUUGGAAAUGACCAGCAGUCUUUUUUACUCUACUUGCUAUACUGUCAUCAUGUAGUGCCAAAUGCAUCACCAACAGACCUUGUUCAAGCAUUACCCCAUUACUGCCACAUUUACAGAAACAUUUCUUGCCACAUAAAAUACAGUUGUUUGUCUUUUCAUAUUAAAUCGAUGUGUGUUGCUCAUCUUGUUUUGA